AUGGCAAUCUCUUAUGGGACAGACGACGUGCCCUUCCCAAAGAUGGCCGGCGGACUGUUCCCCGGGUGCGUGUCGGGAGGGCAGAGGUGAGAGGUGAGGGGGUGAUAACGGCGGUGGCCCGGCUCCAGGAAGAUGGCAGAGAGCGAGCGGCAGACAGGCUCCUCUGAGGAGGCAGUCUCUCCCCUCCAGCACAGCUUCAUGAUCCCUAAAAAGGAGAUAAACAUGGUUUCUGAUAUGGCCAAGUGGAAGCGCUCUCAGGCAUAUGCAGACUACAUUGGCUUCAUCCUCACCCUGAAUGAAGGCAUCAAGGGGAAGAAGCUGACCUGCGAGUACAGAGUCUCUGAGCCUGUUAAGAAGCUGGUGGAUCUCCUGAACACUCUCGACAGAUGGAUUGAUGAGACCCCACCUGUGGAUCAGCCCUCUCGCUUUGGGAACAAGGCCUUCAGGACCUGGUAUGCCAAGCUGGACCAGGAAGCAGAACAUUUGGUUGCAGAAGUGAUCCCCAAACACCUGGUUGAGGCUGCACCAGAGGCUGCUGUGUACUUGAAGGAAUCUGUGGGGAACUCCACCCGGAUUGACUAUGGGACAGGUCACGAAGCUGCGUUUGCUGCUUUCCUCUGCUGUCUCUGCAAAAUUGGGGUUCUCAGGGUGGAUGACCAGCUGGCCAUUGUAUUUAAAGUGUUCAACAGGUAUCUGGAGGUGAUGCGGAAACUUCAGAAGACCUACAGGAUGGAACCAGCUGGUAGCCAGGGAGUGUGGGGCCUGGAUGACUUCCAGUUCCUCCCCUUCAUCUGGGGCAGUUCCCAACUGAUAGACCAUCCCAACUUGGAACCUCGGCACUUUGUUGAUGAGAGAGUGGUGAAUGAAAACCAUAAGGACUACAUGUUCCUGGAGUGCAUCCUGUUCAUUACAGAGAUGAAGACCGGCCCUUUUGCUGAGCACUCCAACCAGCUGUGGAACAUCAGUGCUGUACCUUCCUGGUCCAAAGUCAACCAGGGGCUCAUCCGCAUGUACAAGGCCGAGUGCCUGGAAAAGUUCCCUGUGAUCCAGCACUUUAAGUUUGGCAGCCUGCUUCCUAUCCAGCCUGUCACAUCUUAAGGAGGCCACAGGAGAGCCAAUGUAGCAGAGACCCAGCGUGGUGCUCUUCCUCUUCCCUCCGCCCUCCUCCUCACCGCUCCAGUAAAACAGCCCAUUCAUUCCUGCAAAUCCUUGUUUGCGAAUGGACAGUUCCAAAGCACUUAUUGGCCUUGCAUGGAAGAAACGACCAAGAGCAGCUGCUCCUGCAAGUACUUGCCACGGUGACUCUGGGAAGUGACAAAGCCAGUGUUGUGCUUCUAGCCCGCAGGGUGUCCAGCCUUACACUUUCCUUUGAUCAUAGGGCUGCUGUGUAUUGCCCUGGGCAGGCAGGUGGGGCUCGGGUAGGGGAUACCGCUUCUGCUUUUUUUACAAGAAGAGCUCUGCUUUUACUUGCUGGAGGAAGAGGAUGGGGAGGGGGAGGAAGGCCCAUGUGUGUGUGUGUCUGUUCAUGUGCGCGUAUGUGUGGUGGGGCGGUGCUAACUGCAGUUUCCCCUUUGAAGUUCACUGAAGUUUCCUGUUGAUGUUUUGUUUGGGGAAACCAAUGCCGUUGUGGGGUGUGAGCAUGCACGCAUGUUCGGGUCCCCUCAUCUCUGUGCUGCUGCCUUUGCGUGGAAGGGGCUUUCUUAAAGAGGCAGAGGAAGUAUUAGGUAAUGCCUGUGGGUGGCUAGAAAACAGAGUGCCAUCUCUCCCCUCUCUUGGGUAAAGCUGGCUUCCUCUCCCUACUCCCUCAGCAAAUUUCCUUGAGUCUUCACCAUCUAGUAUUCCUCUCCUACUUACAGCUGGGUGUCCCACCUCUAUCAGCUCAGGGCUUGGGAAUAUUUGAGCUAGCUUUGGAAGCAGAGAGGUGCCCCGGGGGAAGUUUUUAACCACUCGGGGGUCUGGGUUCCAUGGGAGUGGCUGUGCAAGACAUCGUUUUAGUGAUUCCUGAGCAGACUUCUUCCUUCCCUUCUGUAGCACACAGGCACGGCAUGUGCCCGCUCUUUCAUCAUGCUUUGGGAUCAGCAUGGGCUGGGCACAGCCCACUUCACUGCACUCACCCUGUCCUCUGAUGUUUAGCAGCCACUACCGCAGGGGUGGCCUGAAUGUCCUUGCGAUUGCUAUUGCUUGAUUAUAAAUUGUAGCAGCAGGUCCAUAAUAAAGGGAUCUUCCCAUUAAAUUGCA